UAAUAUUGUAUCGAAUUAUAACCUAAAAAACUAAUUUGAAUUUUUAAUUCAUAAUAAUAUGUAAAUAAAAAGCAAUGUUUAUAAUUAAUACAAGCCAUUUUAAAUAAUUGCGAUAAUCUUUGUGUCCAUAUUUCAACGAUUAAAGCAAUUAUCUCAAGUGUUUACGACUUCUUUCAUUAAUUGACUGGGGUCGAGUUUCCUUUCACAGCGAAGUUUACUAGUUUUAUUCAGUUGCUACCGAGUAAUCGUGAGUAUCAGACAUGGCAUACAUCGUAGAUUUGCGUUCAGACACUGUUACCAAGCCCACAGAGUCUAUGAAGCAUGCUAUGGUAAACUCUGCGGUUGGUGACGAUGUAUUUGGUGAAGAUCCCACUGUGAACGCUCUUGAAAGUAAACUGGCAAACUUAUUGGGCAAGCAAGCAGCUCUCUUUGUUCCCAGCGGCACAAUGGCUAACCUUAUUGCCAUUAUGGUGCAUUGCAACAAAAGAGGCUCCGAAGCCAUGGUAGGCAACUUAUCACACAUAUUCAGAUAUGAGCAGGGUGGUGCAGCGCAUGUGGCCGGGGUACUACUGAGCACAAUCCAGAACAAGCCCGACGGCACCUUCGACCUGCAAGAAGUGGAGAACAGGAUCCGUGGCUCAGACAUCCAUGAGCCCAUCACAUCCAUGAUAGCCAUUGAGAACACACACAAUGUGUGUGGUGGGAAGGUACUACCACUGCAGUGGGUGGACGAUCUGUCAGAACUGUGCAAGCGACACUCCAUCCCAUUGCAUUUGGACGGCGCGCGACUGAUGAACGCUGCAGCGUACCUGAGCGCGUCGCCGGAGCGGCUGGUGCGCGGCGUGGACAGUGUCUCGAUGUGCUUCAGCAAGGGGCUGUCGGCGCCCGUCGGCUCAGCGCUCGUCGGCUCCUACCACUUCAUACAGCAGGCGCGCCGCAUGCGCAAGAUGUUGGGCGGCGGCUGGCGGCAGGCGGGCGUGCUGGCCGCCGCCGCCAUCGUCGCGCUCGACGAGAUCGCGCCGCAGCUGGGGCUCGACCACAAGCGGGCGUAUCGGCUGGGGAAGGUCGUCGAAGGGCUGUUCCUCAAGACGUUCUCCGUGGACGUGGAAAGCCAACACACCAACAUAGUCCUGGUGCGGAUAUCGGAGCGCAGUUCCCUGAACGCUGACCAGGUUCUGACGCGGUUGGCACAGGUCAGCCUCGCCGAGACACAGGGAGACUGCAAAACGCCCAACGACGAGGGCGUGAUAGUGAAGGCGAUAUGCUUCAACGACAAAACGAUGCGCUUCACGCUGCACUGUGAGGUGUCGGACGCAGACCUCUGGCUCGCCAUCAUGAAGAUCACCUUCGUGUUCAAGGAACUAGACGCCGCUUAUCCUAUUAAAAGUUAAUUUACAUCAUGCAACCCUCAUUGUUAACAGUUAAUUUACAUCGUGCAACUGUAUUGUUAAUUUACAUAAUGCAUUUUUAUUGUUAACAGUUAAUUUACAUCGUGCAACUGUAUUGUUAAUUUACAUAAUGCAUUUUUAUUGUUAACAGUUAAUUUACAUCGUGCAACUGUAUUGUUAAAUUACAUAAUGCAUUUUUAUUGUUAACGGUUAAUUUACAUCGUGCAAACUUAUUGUUACAGUUAAAAUUUACAUCAUGCAAUCAUAUUUUAAAAGUUAAUUUACGUCUUGCAAUUUUAUUGUUAACAGUUAAUUUACAUGAUGCAAUUAUACUGUUAAUUGUGUGUUUUUUUUUGUGUAAAGGUAAGUUUCAAGGGUAGGUUUUAAAUGUUUGUGGUGAGGAGGAGCGAAGUGUCCCAUGUUCGCGCUGGUACGAUGGGAGUUACUAGGUAGGACACAUUAAAUGAAGCAGACCUGGCGAAUCUCACCAUAGGCGAUUGUCAGGUUCACGAAGGCUACCGGAAGGUUAGAGGGGGGAAAACUGUCGAGGGAAUUGGGUGGAAUAGUCCCUAGAUUUAGGAGUGAUCACGUUUGACCUUGUAAGACGUCCUAUAUUGACCUUUCAGAAAUAUAUAAUAGUUAAUUUACACUUUGCAAUUUUAUUCUUAACAGUUAUUUACAUUAUACAAUUUUAUUGUUAACUGUUAUUUACAUUAUACAAUUUUAUUGUUAACAGUUUAUUUACACCAUAGAAUCCAAUUGUUAAAAAACGCAUUCUAAUUUCUAUUCACUAACAAUUAAAAGCGUGGUAUGGAGUAUAGUUUCGGGAACUGUUUACUCAUUUUGUCUUAGAGAAUCUGAAAGCUGAAGUCGAUUUAAGCUUUAUUUUUGAAAUUACUAAAGUAUAAUUAAAUUACUUUAACCAAGACGUGAUAUUUUUAUAUUGUGUUAUUGAAAUGGAUAUGUUUUGUUUUUUUAUAUGAAAUACCGUGACUAUGAUUGUCUGCGUUUAACUGCCAGUUCAGUAAGCUUUAUAUGCCAUGUAAAUUUUCGUCAUCAUUAACCUAUUUUAAAAGCUUAGUACAGGCCCAGGGUUCACUUCUUAUAGGAAAUUAGACCCACCACGCCGAUUCAAUGCGUAUUGGUGGAAUUUAUGUUAUAGAGCGCGGUAUUCUUGAAUUAUGAUAAAAAGUAAAAACACAACAAGAUUUAUAGCCUAACCUUUAUUGGGGCAACGUGGUGGGUCUAAGCUCCAUAUCUCCUAGAACUAGGGAGGCCUGGACCUGUAUUGCCAUUAGGAUGAUAACCUUUUAUAUUAAGUAGAUAGGUACCUAUACCUAGAACUAUAUACAUGUAUAUACAAUAUGGGACCACUGUAAAAAAAUCCUAGUCUUCCAGAAUUAUAGUUUUAGAUAUAAGAUUUGACUGUAAAACUUUCGAUAUUUAUUAUUUAAAUCUAAGAAGACCAGACCAGAACAGACCUUGUUUUGCAUUGCAGAUGUCUCGUUUGAUAACUAUUAAAAUUCAUUUACGAACUUAAUGUACAUUUUACAGUAGCCUGUGUCAUUCUGAUGUAUAACCUAAUACCUACUAAAUUUUUAUCAUAAUCCAUUUUCUAAGAUUAAAACAAUAAUAAGAGAAUAGAAAAUCCUACUGUUUCUUAAUUUGUAGCGGCAAUUUCCAUAUACAUAUUUGUUAUAUUGUAUAAAAUUUUAUAAAUAAAACACAAGAUUUUA